AUGGUGCCCAUUUCCUACAAGAUGGAUGACGACAUCAUGAAUCACGUAGCGCAUGAGAACCAGCAUGUUGCUAAAGGCAAUGACAGUCAAUGUUUGUUGAGCAUCCUGGACAUGCCGUUUGAAGUUGUUGGAGUCCCUUUCGAAGCAACGUUGUACACUAUCCUGCAAGGAUGUUCCCUUGAGAUAGUCCCAGAUCCUCUCCUUUAUGUUAAAAUUGCUCAAGAGGUAGCCAAAGUGGAUGGCAGUACCACUGAUGUAGGAUCAGCCUCUCCGCCACCGGACACACCGCCGACUGCUCCUGACGAGAGGCAAUGGGACCCUAUGGGAAUCAUGAGGUCCAACACCAGGUGGGCAGCUCUCCAAAGUUGGAAAGACGAGACUGCAGCCGAGGUCGACCGCAUUUUGGAAGAGGUUGGAGGCUUCUCCCUCAAUUCACACAAAUCCAGGCUUUGCUCUGAUCUAGCAGAGAGGUCAUCCGGUGCAGAUAUGGCGCCUCAGAUAACGCAACGCACCCAACAAAUCUGGCUUCAGGACUCUGAUCCAGAAGUUCGUCUCUACUACACGGAGUCUUUGCCAGUCUCGGAACACUGCAAAGGAACAAUCCUUCUCAUUCAUGGCUUCCCCGAGACUUCUUACCAGUUUCGGCAUGUAGUAAAGCCUCUGGCUGAGGCUGGUUAUAGAACCAUUGCUCCAGAUUAUAGAGGUGCUGGGUUCUCGUCUCAUCCUCCUGGCGGUUAUACGAAGGAUAUCCUGAGCCAGGACUUGCACACGCUACUCGUCGAGCAUCUCAACAUCAAGGAUCCAAUUCAUAUCGUGGGACAUGAUAUUGGUGGUAUGAUCGCCUUCGCUUACGUUUCUCAAUUUCCGGAUGAUGUCGCAUCCAUUGCGUGGGGUGAGUGCCCCUUGCCUGGGACCAAGCAUUAUGAGACAAAUAAGCAUACGCCUCCUUUAUGGCAUUUCUCCUUUCAUGCACAGCCUGACAUCCCCGAAGCCCUCGUGGCAGGGAAGGAGAGAAUGUACAUCAAGCACUUCUACGACAGGCUCGCUCAAAAGCCUUCCGCUUUUACUAAUGAGGACUUGGACUUCUACGCUACUCAGUAUAGCAUGCCUGGUGCACUGAGGUGCGGCUUCAAUGCAUACCGAAUGUUUAAGAAAGACGCAGCUCAUAAUCAGAAUUGGCUCUCUAAUAUGGGGAAGGUAAAAGUGAAAAAUAUGAUUCUGAGCGGAGAAAGGAGUCUAGUCGCUAAAGGCGCAGUUGAGAUGGCGGAAGAGGUGUUUGAAAAUGUAACACCAGGAUUCGUUGAAGGCAGUGGGCACUGGAUCGCAGAGGAAAAUCCAGAAGACUUUGUCAAGAAAGUUCUCGCUUUUAUUGAGCACUGA